AUGUUGUUGUUAUUGAGUAUUUUAUUCUGGGUGUCAUUGAGUUCCGAUCAGGUCUCUGUUGAUAGUCCGUGUAUGACUGGACUUCGUGGGGAAAGUACAAAAUUUCUUGGCGUGAGUGGUUUGGCAGGUAAAAACAGUUACAUCCAAGAUGAUUGCCAUAAAUUCAUACCAAACAGUGAGAGUCUGGUUACAGCAUUUGCAACACACACCGACUGUUAUUUUGCCAGAGAGUUUUUCUAUCAAAAGUUGUUAGGAAAAGACUAUCCAAGAUGUGGUAUAUGUGUAGAGGUGAUUGGGCCGACUUUAAAAAGAGCCACAUGUACUUUGGUUGGUUCUGUUGUCAUGAAUUUUACAAAUCCACUUACUAUGGUCGAAGACAUCAAUGCACAUUCCAGAACCAUUUUUCUUAAUGACCAACUUUACAAGUUUUUGGGUGGGUAUAGUACUUCUGAUAAUGUAGGUCACACUUUUCCAGCUGUUGCUAGAAUUGUGAAUUGCCCAUUUAAAACACUCCCAAGUGCUGUAGUGACUUCUAUAACCGAAACUGAUGGAGAAAAAAGUGCUAAAAUUUCUUUAUUCAACACAAAUCAAGCGACAUCUAAAAUUGAGUUACUUGACACCAUUUACCAAUAUGACUCGGAUUUACAAUUUACUAUUCCAGUAACAAAAUUACCAAAAAACUCUUUUCUCAAAGUUUUCAAUUUGUUAGGCGGACAUGUUAAUAUUCCUUUCGAGUUUGUGACAAACAAAACCUUUUCGUCUUCGACGGUCCCACUUGAUUACUUUAAACCACAAGAAUGUUCACUUAUUAUUAAUGAAGGCAUAACACCAAAAGAACAAGAUGAUGACCCUUUAAUGGUGUGGACGUUAAGGGUACAUGACAACGACAACAUUUCAAAUAGUCAUAUUGUUGAAGACCUAAAAAACAUCACAAUUGACAAAGAAAUCUAUGUCUCACUUUCUUUCCCAUUCCCAGUUCGAAUUUCAAAACAUUUCAAGUCUUUCAGGACAGUUUUUACAACAUCUGUUCCUAUCGGCCCAAAUGUGGAGAUGACACUUUAUGCUUUUGGAAGUGAUAUAAGUACUAUAAAAGAGUUGAAGUGUUCACAUGAUUUUGUGUAUAACAGGAGUUUUGAAAUUUUAGAAAAUGGUGGAAUUUAUAUUGACUCAUCAGCCAGCUUUAAUCUAGCAAGGUGUAAUUCCCAAAUCAACGCAUUGAUGAUGCAUUAUAGGUCUCCCAUGAAAGGGACGAUAUCCGUUUAUUCCCUUUCUUUCAAGCAAGAGUAUCCUCUCAAUUUUACAAAAUGUCCAACGACCACUUUUCAAUGUGAAGAUAAUAUUCAAUGUGAUCCGACGAACAGUGAAGUAGAAGAUGUGAGUGGGAUAGAAGUGCUAUAUCAAAGUGGGUGUGUACCGUAUUGUGGUGUUUGUAAAAGUGAUGAGGUGUGUUCAAAGGCUGCGCGUUGUGUCAAAAGAACAACAAAAAACACGCGAGAUGGUGUGUUUGGAGUAUUCAUCAUGUCUAUUCUUUGCAUUCUAUUCUGUAUCUAA